AAAAAAAUGAAUCGCGUCAUUGCCAUCACUAGAACCUGUAAAAGUGCAAGAAUACUCCCUGCAUAUCGUCCACGUUUCGCUAUUUCCGCAUGUGCGUUGCUGGUUUUUCGUAUACGCCAAAUGUAAAAUGUCACUCAUGCUUUUGCGUAUAGAUAUUCCCCUCAAGGCAGCUUUUGCUAAAGGCAUGGCGGUGCCGUUGCGAUCGUUCUCUUCAUCCGUACCUGCCGCUGACCAGGGAAAAGAAAGAAUGGAAGCUGCUAUGAACAAAAUUGAAGAGUUAUUUGCUGCUGCCAAAGACGAGAUGGAAUAUGCGGAGGAAUCACAAGGUUCAGUUUAUUACCACGAGGAUCGAGUCACAGCGGAGAAGGCGGUGAAGGAUUGCAUCGAUGCUUUUGAUACAUUUUUGAAGGAUUUGCCGACGGACGAAAUGCGUGCAGAAGUGCAGGGCAAAGUGGGCAUGAAAAUUAAGGAGCUCAAGAUGGCUUUUGAAGCCUUGCCAGAAGAAGGCCACUAAUUCAUGAUGGUUCGUCCCAUCCGUUGCCAUGUAAAAUCUGUGUCUUGCAAUUUUUUUUGCCGUUUUCCAUCACAUAAACCAAUCAAUCACCAUUUCUCAAUAUAAUGCACAUAAAAAAUGUUGGAAAAGAUGAGAGAUGAAAGCAAGCUUUGAUUUUGAAAUAUAUUUGAAGGUGUAUGCUGGGAGAUUUGUUAUUGUAAUGCUAUGCCCAAUUUGUGAGUUUUGCAG